AUGGAUUUGCCUAUAGAAUCUUAUAAAAAUGGAAAUUAUGAACAAGUGCUUCAACACUUGAACUCCUAGCCAAACAAACUUAUUGAGUGUAAGACUCUCAUCAAAUUACACUAAAUGAAGAGUCCAAUACCAAUGGGAUCAUGCAUUUCUAAGUCCUCUUCAGAUCUACUCUUAAAAGUGUAAACACUCUCAAAUGAACUUUCAGGCUAAGACAAAGAGUUAAUAUAAACUAUUCUAGAUUUUUUUUUAGAUAAAGAUGUCAAAUUAGGAGGUUCAGAUGAACAGAAGUUCUAUUUUGGACUUCGAUAAUUAGAGCUUUAAGAAUACGAAGAGGCACUCAAAAUAUUCAAUUCUCUGGGUGAUCUUGAAAAUAAAGAUGACCAGAAACACAAACUUUAGGUCAUAGCUGAAUGUUAUAUUAACUUAAAUCAAUACUAAAAAGCUACUAAAAUUUUAGAACAUGCAGGAGAGAAUAGUUAUUGCUAUGCCUUGUUGUCAGAAUGUUAUUUCAAAUUGAACUAAUAACAAUAAGGAAUAUAAUGGAUGAAAGAAGCAUUGAAAAUUAAUUAAGGUUGCUAUUAUGCAUUAAAUAAUCAGGCUAAAAAUGAUAAUAUUGAUCAAUAAAUUAAAGUUAUCACAUAAUUUUUAGAAAAAGAUCCAACUAAUUCUAGAUUAAUUAGAGAACAUAUUAAUGCAUUAAUCAUUAAAGGAAGUACUUAAGUUAUGAAGUCGAUGGGAGAAUAUGCUUGUAGACCAAGAGGAGAGUUUAUGAAUAAAUUAUAAGAAUAUGUUGAAAAAUUACCUAAAUGCAAUUCAACUUAAUAUCUAUAAGCAUUAAUCCUUUAUUUUAAUUAUAAGAAUAUUGAAGCAUUAGCUACUUUUGAAUAAUGUAUUCAAAAUAAUUAUAGAAUCUUUGAUUCUAAAUUUUAUAUUGCUUUAAUUCAUAAAGAUUAAUUCAAAUACAAAGAAGCUGUCUUAGAAUUCAAGAAAUUAAGUUAAGAUGUUACAGGAUAAUUAAAAGAUGACUGUCAUUUUUGGAGAGUAGUUAUGUAUAUUGAAUUAAAUGAAUUGGAUUAAGCUUUAAAAGAAUUAGAGUAUGUUCAACCUAAUGCUCAAAAUUAUACAUUAAUUAGUAGACUAUAUUAUUAAAAAGGAAAUAAGGUUUAAGCAGAUACAUGGUUAAAAGAAGCAUUAAAAUUAAAUACUAAUUGUUUUUAUGCUAAAGUUGAAAAGGGUACAUAAGAUGCCAAAUAUGAUUGCAUAUUAUUGUUGGAAUAACUUAUCAAAAAUGAUCCUUAUAAUAUGUGUGCUAAAUAGGCAUUAGUUAAAUACUUGAUCAUUCAUUCUGAAAAUUCAAUUGCAUAUGCUUGGGGAGAAUACUCAUGUAAACCUAAAGGUAAGGAAAUUUAAAGAGCAGUAGAUUUAAUAUAAUAAAUUAAAUAAGUAAGAGAUUGUGUUCAAUUGGAAUAUUUCGAUGCUAUUUGUAAAUAUUAUUUGAAUGACUUAAAAUAAUCAGAACAUUUAUUUAAUUAUUGUAUUGAAUAGAAUCAUUAAUACUGGACUUGUUAAUAUUUCUUAAGUUUGAUUAAAAAAGAUCAGAUGAAAUAUAAAGAAUGUCUUGAACUAUCUUUAUAAGUUUUAAAUCACAUUGAUGAAUUCAAAUAAUAAUGUCAUGCAAAUAGAGCUUGGAUAUUUAUUCAAUAAAAUUAACCAGACAAAGCCAUUAAGGAAUUAGAGAAGAGUACUCAUGGAUGUUAAUAUUAUGUAUUAUUGGGUUAAGCAUACAUUAUGAAAGGAAAUAGUGUAUAAGCAAAUACAUGGUUUAAUGAAUCAUUGAAAGUCAAUCCUAAUUGUCUCUAUGCUAAGAUUAAUAAGGCUAUUCUAGAAUAAAGAUAGGAUGAGAUCCUAAAAUUAUUAGAUGGUGUAUAAAAAUCAGAUCCAGAUAAUUAUGUUAUUACAUGGUAUAGAGGAAAAGUCUUGUUUAGAUUAAAUAAAUUUGAUUAAGCAAUUUAAUUGUUUGAAUAAUCUAUUAAUAAUAGAUAUGUAAUGGCUUAUGCAUCUAAAGCAAAAGUUCUUAGAGCUUAAUAAAAGUAUGAAGAAGCAUUAAAAACUAUUGAAUAAGGUUUAAUAAUUGAUGAUUAAUUGCCUCCCUUAUUUAUAGUCAAAGCUAGUAUUUUGUAUGAUUAAAAAAAGUAUGAAGAAUCAAUUUAGAUAUGCAAUUUGAUUAAAGAUGAUUAGAAUGUAUUUGCUCUUAGAUAGAAAGCUUUAUGUAUGAGAUAGUUGGAUAGAAAAGAAGAAGCAUUGAAAUUGUAUGAUUAGAUUUUGUAGAUUGAUAAAUUUAGUAUUUAAUCAUUUAUAGGUAAAGCUUAAAUUAUUAAAGAGAAUAGUGAUAUUUAUGAUUUGAUUUAAUAAUUGAGUGAUAUUGUGAUUCAUAAGAAAAUGUAUAAAGCAACUAUAAAUCCUAUAGUUGUUCAUAAUUGUUAGGAUUUAAUAAAAUUGAAUUAGGAAUUUGAAAAUAGAGGAGGAGUGAUUCAGAAAGUCAUUUCACAUGGAUAAAAUUUGGAUAAAUAGAAAUAGGAAUUUGAAUAGUUGUGUAAAUAAAAAGAGGAAUUAUGUGAUGAAAAGAUAAAUUGUAUAAUGAAUCCAAUAUGUCAUGUUAAAGUUGAUUCUACUGAAGAUAUAUUAAAGAAAUUGAAAAUUUUAUAUAAGUAAAUGUCAGAAAUAUAAUAAAAAUAACAAACAUAAUUUUAUGAAUAAUAACUAAAUAAUAAAACAUUUUAGGAGUGUUCAAUUGAGGAAUAGAAGAUUUGGGAUUCAAUAAACAAAGAAAAUCUAAUUAAUUAAGUUUAAUAAUGGAAUUAAGAAAAACAAUAAAAUGAUUAGAAUAAAUAUAAUUACUCUUUAGUAUUCUACAAUUUAAUGAUUAAUCAUUUGAAUUCUUAUGGAGAAGUGUAGAAUGAUAAAAUUAAUAAAAAUGAAGAUAUAUAUAAAAUGUUAUCUUUGGGAAAUAGUUUUGUUAUAUUAGAUGAUAUAAUUGAUAAUUCAUUCACAAUGAUUAAAAUGAUUAAGUAUGAUAAUAGAAUGAAAUCUGUGUUAAAAGUAAUAAAAGAAAAUUAAUUAACAAAUAAAUGUGAUAAUAAUAUAUAAUUGAUAAUUGCAUUAUGUGCUCAAAAGUGUGCUGAUCAAAUUGAUUUUACAAAAGAAUCAUAAUAAAUAUAAUCACAUGCCUUUAAAUACUAAAACAAGUUUUUAAAAGAUUAAAUUGAAGAGUAUGUGAAUAAAUCAUAAAUCCCUGAAUUAUAAUUAUUGAGUGGAAAAUAUGCAAUAAAAGAUGUAAUAGUAGUCAUUUGUUAUAUUCAACAUAAUUUCAUUGCUCUAAUCAAUAAAUCAAAGUAAGUGCCACUUCAUGAUCAAAUAUCAGAAAUAAGAAAUAAACAUUUUGAAUUAACAACUGAGAGUCAUCCAGUUCAUUAAAAAAUUAAUGAAUUCAAUUCAAAUUAUACAAUAAAGGAUUACAAAGUAAACCCUAUGAGAGACAAAUAAUAAGGGGAUGAUGGAUGUUGUACAAUAAUGUGA